AUGCUCCGGUGUUUUACAGAGGUAAAGAAGUUCGUGGAAAGGUUAUUGAUUAAAUUCACUUCGUAAACUGUUUAAUGUGUCGUUUUAGACCAUGUAGCACCUGAGUCGAUUCAGUUAAACUGAAGCUAACACUACACCGACAUCCUUCAGUUUUUGUAUUUGCAGCAGUGGCUGUUCUCGGCCUCCGUACAGAUCUGGUCAGAGUCCGUAUUUGAAGGGAGAGCGUUAAUAAAAACUCUUAAAGUGCUUUUUUAGUGCUGAGAUUAGAUUUAAAACCAGACUGGAACUUUACAGAAAUGUCACUUAAAUCAUAGUCGGACUUUCUCUGAGAGUUUAGACAGAAAACAUCUUUAAAAAAACCUUAAAAUAAAACAAGAAAACUAAAGAACAACUUUAACGAUAAUGAUUCAUGAAGCUCUAAAGACACUUUAACCACCAGGGUCUUUAUUUAACAGUAAAACACCUUUAAUCCACCGUAAAAUCAGAGUUUAAUCUUCAUCUUUACAGUAAAUAAAACUCAAAGUUACAGAAGCUAACAUCAUCAGCUCUCUGAGUUAAAAACGACUCUAAUAUCAGGACGAAACGAAGAGUCUGAAGAAUAGAAACAAACUGGAACAAUUUAACAACAUAAAGACAUGAUUCAGAUCAGAUUAAAAGACAAAAACUAACCUGAUUAUUGAUCAGACUCCUCUGAACACAUGUGUGAGGAGAACCGUGUGUCUGUACUGACCCCGCUCAGAGAGAGUUUACAUCCGGGUCACGGCGGAAAGAAACAAGAUGGCUCCCUGUAGUUUUUCACCGAAGUAAAAAUAUCGACAUCAGUGUUAAAGCGAGGACUGAAACAAAGACUGUUUAUAUCUAUAUACUGUAUUUAUCUAUAUACAGUCUAUGGACUAAAAGAAGAAGUCAACACGAGAGUAGAUAUAGAAACACUAGAUCUCCUGUUUUUCUUUCCUCUAAGCGGCAGGACAACAGUUUAACAGAUUUACACCAAGCAGGGAACUCUCUUGGUACAAUAAACGAUCUUUGUCAGCGCAUCCUCACCAUAGAUAUCUAUAAGAAAGGCUAGAUGACUAUAUGCGGCGGCCAUCUUACUCCAGUAUACCAUUCUGGUUCGCUCCAUUGUAGCUGACGGGAGGUCAGUAAUCUGAUCAAAAAUCCUCUUAAAUCGCUGAAAUCUUGACAGAUUUAUAAACGGUUUAGUUUAUUACAGACCUUAAUAACGUGGCUCUGAGUCAGGAUGUUUGGACAUAUUAAAAUGACAGAUUUACUUUGAGAAAAAAAGACUUAAUCAUGAAGAACAAUUGUUUCACUUUGGGUUAACGUUGAAUCGCUUUGUCAAGGCUGAGACCGCGAUCGAGAUUUUAAUUUCUUUUAUUACAGCCUAUUUUUUAUUCUCAGUGUCAGUCCUUGUGGAGGUGUUUGUGUUUAUCAGCUGUCUAACUUGGCUGACAGACUCGCUGUGAGUGAGACCAAGUACAUAUUACAAAGUUGACCCAGUAAUUUUACAUCAGUUGAAGGCAGAAAUGCUCUUUUUAUUCAACAACACUGAAGUUUCACAUGAUUUCUAAACUGUUUGGCUUGUUAAAAACAUCUAAAAUGGAAACAUGAGAGCUGCCCGUAGCAAAAUGGCCGCCAUGCACGGACGUUGGUCUUCGUCGGCUAACAGCGUGCCUAAGCCAUCUAGCUUUUAUAUAUAUAUCUAUGAUCCUGACGGUUUAUUUACUCCUCCCGCCACAGGGGGGCGAUAAUCAGCGGAGCUUCUGUCCGUGUUCGGCUGUAAUUAAGAAACACCGGCUGAUUAAUCUGCUGCUCUUUACAUUUCUCUGUCAGUUUAAAGUUUGAGGGUUAGAGAGUAGAGUUGUUUCAGACGGAGGAGGAAGAUAUUAAUCGCUGCAUAACCGUUAAAGUGUCAAAGUGUUAAACCAACAGUAAUUCUGUCUGUUUUUAGACCAUAUCAGACAGAGGCUCGUCGACUAAAGUCCCACAUUUAACUUCCGCUGUGGAAAACUGAGAUCUGUUAAAGGUAAGAGAUGUCUAAUUAUAUAACCUUUAAUGAAAUAUGUUAAUUUUAAACUAACGUCGGUGACCUGAGAGCUACAGCUAGCGUUAGCAUGUCGUCCGUUCGUUUUUCGCGGGGAAACGCCCAUCGAUGAAUUCUAUUGGUGCUCUGCGGCCUCAAUCUCCCAUGCUUUACGCUGAUUGGCUGUAAUUUGUCAGGUCCUUUUAAAUGUGUGUUUAAAGAGCUGAAAACACGUGGGUGGGCUCACACAUGAUUGACAGUCCGAGUUUUUAGUUUCUUUGACAUAAAUCAGGAACUUUAACAGUUAAAAACAACAUUAUUCACUUUAAACAUAAUUAGGAGAAGAAAAUAUUUGGAGUUUUGUCUGUUUUAAUCUAAUUCUAAUCCAGCACAUUUUAAAAACAUUAAAGUUUACCAAAGUGCUGUACAGAGACAUGUAAAGACACUGCAGGAAACAUCAAGAAGAAACAAAUAAAAACAGGAAAAAAAACACAUACAAACAAACAAUAUUUGUCUAAAUGUAAUUUAUAAAUUUGUGAAGUUUCAUGGUGAAAUCUGUUUACCUGGGGGGUCUCCAACCAUCAUGGACGCCAUCUUGAAAAUGACGCUUUUCUAAUGGUCAAACUUUGGUCAACUUUAAGUUUGUUAUUAAGGAUGUCUGAUACAAUAAAAACAUUUGUAAGGAUGUUUAUUUUGGGGUUUAGUCAUAUUUACACCGGACUAAUGAGCUGCUGUGUCUGUUUGUUGGUCUGAUCGGUUCAUGUCUGUGUUUUUAAAACACAAACAGGCUGAAGAGUUUUGAAGUUUAGAGUUUUUUAGUUGAGGUAAUUCUGCUCUGACAGCGCCCUCAGCAGGUCGGCACGUUUCACUGCAGGUCUAUAAUGGGGUCAGACUGAGGGCUGCUGGGUAAUCCACAGAGGUUUACAGAGAGAGAGUUUUACCUCCAUCUCAGCUCAGGUGAGCUCUCUCUGCAAACACAGGUGAGUGAGUCCCUCUUUGUCUCUGCAGGGAUUCAGAAAUCAGAGUUUAUAGAUUUACAGGUCGAGUAAAUAAAACUGAAUUACAAGAAGAGAAAAAAAAACACAAAUAAAGAUGUAAAAAUAGAGACUGCAGGAGGAUUAAAAUAAACACUAAAUAAUCUGAGAGAGAAUAAAACAACAGGAUCUACACAAGAUCUACACCUGAGCAUGUGCAGAAGGUGUGUGAGAGAAAAAAAGGGGCGGUCACAGGUGUGUGUGUGUGUGUGUGUGUGUGUGUGUGUGUGUGUGUGUGUGUGUGUGUGUGGGCAGGGUCUGAGCUGAUGUAGAAACAGGAAGUUCAGAGAGUCCUAAGUAGGUUUAAGGUGAACUUGAACUGUGGAGCUACCACACAAACACACACACUCUCUGUGUAUGUGUGUGUGUUUACAGCAUGUGAUCGAGUGUGUAUCUCUGUGUGUGUGUGUCUGUGUGUGUGGGGAUGAGUGAGUGUGAGGAGGACGAGGAGCUGCAGAGCUGGGGCUGGACCGACCUGUGGGUAUCCUCCUUCUUUUUCCUCUGGGGUUUUAGUGCAGAGUGUCAGAGUGUGUGUGUGUGUGUGUGUGUGGAGGCUCUGAUAGGUCACAGGGAUUUGUUCUGGGCUCGGUGUGUGUCGUCAGGCUGAUCCGUGUCUCUGCUGCCGUUUCUGUGAAUCAGAAAAACCAAAUCUCUUUUUAACCUCCAGACUUUGAGCCCACCUCGGCUCCUCGGCUCCUUGUUCCUUGGCUCCUUGGCUCCUCGCGCUCUGACACACUUAAACUUUAUUUCUCUGUAAAUCAAACGCAUGAUCUUGUCUGUUAAAACGGAACAAAGUCCACUCAGUGUAACUGUGUGUGUGUGUGUGUGUGUGUGUGUGUGUGUGUGUGUUAAUUGGAUUAACCUCUCUGUCUGCAGACAAACGUGUGAACACCAGUGAAGGAUAUCUGUAGGGCUGGGCGAUAUGUGAAAUAGUUUAUCAGGAUGUAUUAUUUUCCUAUCAGCUGAUAUCGAUCAAUAUCAGGAUAUAAAAAUCUAACAGUGUUUCUUGGUCUCAUGUCUUUUCCAACACAAUAAUCUCCUGCAUCUGUGAGGUCUUUGUGUCUCUUUGACGUUUUGUCGUAAGGCGUCGCUCUAGAGAAAGCCGACUGAAUGGUCGUCUGUUUCAGGCGCCAUGGGCUCCUCGCUCCUCUCGGGGUUUGUAACCUUUUGCGUUGCGCGUGCUCUGCGGCGUGGCGCUGCUUCAGGUGGUGAAAAAGAUUUGAGGUAUUCCCCGACUUUGUGAGAACAUGUACUCGACAUAAUUUACAGUCCACAUUACUCUGCUUCAUGUCCGACCUCCAAAAACCAAAAUACCUCCACACCACCGACGUUUUCCUAACGCCAGUGUUGUGGUUGACAUUGAUGUGGUCAUCUGUUGAGCCUUCAUGGUCAUUUCUGUCGGGGGUAGCACUCAAGUGUUUUGACCUUAUGAUCAGCUACGAUCGGAGGAUACGACCUUUUAGUAAACAGUCAUACUGCAGCCGGUCAGCAGGGGGAGCUCUACUCUUUCACUUUUCUAUCGUCGGUCUUUCUGAACAGGUUUUUGUUUGAGUUCUUUCAGUCACAAAGACCAAUCUCUCCGUUGAUUGGUCGAUGACUUGUCUACUCCUCCUCUUCUUUACUCAUCAUCAUGUCUCUCUCUCUCCUCCUCCUCCUCCUCCUCCUUCUUCUUCUCCUUCUCCUCCUCCUCCUCCUCCUCCUCCUCAGCUCCUGUUACUCCUCAGAGAAGGAGCAGCAGACGGAGAUCAUGUCCAGACGCAGCUUGCGGCUCAAUGACAGCCUGUUGGACCGCAGUCUGGGGCACAGCAGCGCCUCCUACAGCGUGGGAGGAGCCAGCUGGAAGAGCAGCAGGUGAGUUUGCUGCUGCGUUCUUUCAGACGGAUUCACCUCCGCUCUGUUUUCCUUCACCUUCUUCUUCUUUGUCUCCUCCUGCAGGUCGUCGAAGUCUCGUCACUCUCAGCAGCUCUCGGUCUCCUGCUCCGAGUCUCUCCUCGUCCACACUCCUCGUAAACAGAGCGUCCACUCGCUCCACAACAGCAGCCUCCACAGCGUGGCGUCUGAUGCCUCCCUGAUCUCCUCUCUGCUGGACGAGUCCUCCAUGAAGGAGACCACGCUGCUGGACACGCUCUUGGGUAAACUCCUCCUCUCUAUCAGCUCCAGCUUCUCUCUGAGUGUCCCCGUCACCGCUGUUUGGACUGAUGAGGACACGUUCAUCUACUGAAGACAUCUCUGUCUGUUUGAUCCUCACGUUGGUCCGCUCAGAGACCCUCCCUCUUAGUUUUCACAAACAGAGCUGCUCUUCAGUUCUUGGGCGGGGUUGGUGGAGUUUUCCCUGAUGGUGUUUUUCUUCUUCUUCUGGUGUUGCAGGUUUGGAUCAGGACGUCGACCCUCAAGGUCAGUCUGUUCUUCACAGAGGUGAACGUUCACACAAAGACAGUGUCUGAUAGGAGCUGAAGAAGAUUUCAGUCGGGCUGCACUGAUCACAGUUUUCUGGCCAAUCACCGAUCUUUAAAAAAACUUGACCUGCUGAUACUGAUUUUAUUUUUAUAACUGACAACAUAAACCUUCGAUGCUCUAAUCUUAUUUUAAUGAAAAACAUGAAACAGAACGUGUGAAACAAUAAAAACCUUUAGUGUUUAACUUCACAUGAGGUCGUUCUCUCAAAUAGAAAUGAAAGUUUAUAAUAUUUCUGUCCAAACUUCUAAAUUAAAUCAGUUUCUUUAGUUUUUUAUUUUCCACAUUUUAAAAAUUAACAAUAUUUGGUCACAUUCAGCUCAGACUGCAGGUCUGUUUCUAACCUCUUACCAGAAUAAAGUUCACAGCAGUUUUUUACUUUUACAAAUAAAGGAAAUCACAAAGUUUGAGGAAGUUUGUAAAAUAAUAAUCGACACGACAAACUAACAACUUUAACCACCGAUAAACAGUUUUAGGUUUCCUCGUAGUUGGUUCAACAUGUUUGGUUGAUCUCCUCCGGAUGACUGUUGUGUGUGCGGCCGGCGCUGACGCACACGUGCGUGUACACGUGACCUGGUGGGCGGGGCCUGUCAUUCUGGCAAAAGCAAAAAGCUCCAACAGCUGACCUUCAGACCUUCGCUGAGGUCGAUAAGAUCGGAGGAUAAAAUCUGUUUAAGAAUCAGCUGAUCACCAAAAUUGAGGAAAUCGUUGCAGAUCGAUCAGCCGGCUGAUUUAUCGGUGCAUGUUCAGAUCUCAGUAUAAAUAAUCUUAAAACACCUCUUUUCUUGUUUAACCGGCUCGUUUGAUUGUCUGUAUUUCUGAGUAAAUCAGCGCUGUUAGACUUUGAGGAAAGAACCUUUUAAUGAUCCAGAGUGAAGACGCACUGAGCUCAGGAUGAACAGACUCUCUCUUCAGGCUUUUGUAGAUGAGUGAAACACUCUCACACGUUCACAGAUCCAGUAACUGAUGUUUUCACAGACACAGAAACAGUAGAACCACCUCUGCUCGUGUUGACCCGCCUUCUUGAAUUUCCUCUUCUGUUUUCCUCGUUUUGACCUUCAGUCUGAAAUAAGAACUUUUAAACGGGUCAUCAGAGGGUUUCUGUCAGUGAAAGUUCCUCCUCAUGUCUGUGUCACAGAGAGCACCAUCAUAGCGGAGCACAGCACCGUCCUGGAAGAACCCACUCUGAUUGGCUCAGACGUCCGCUGUCUCAAACACCCACUGCACGCGCUCAGUAAGGCUUACUGCAAAGACUGUGAGGAGCAGCAUGACAGGAUGGAGUCCACUCACUGCUCCUCCUCCAAGUACACCUCCUCCUCCUCCACCUCCCACCAAACUCCGGACACGUCCGUCAUUUACAGCCGAGACCGGAGCCGCAAGAGCCGCACAGGUGAGACCGCCGAGCUCAGACCAGCCGAGUUUGUUUCUUUUAUUUUGUGAAAACAGGUUUUAUUUUGGCGGUCAGGACGAGCUUCCUGUUAAAGUAAAGAUGAAUCCUUUUUAAUAACUCGUUCAGUUUUUUUUCCUUUAAGCUGCAGAAACUUCCUUCACAGUUGAACUCGUCUGUCCUCGUCCCUGAAGGAUGAGCGCCCCCCUGUGUUCAGUCAGAGUACUGCAGAUAAAAACUGUCUGUUUCUGGUUCCUGUGGUCAGCAGGUGUUCUGGUGUCCGUGUGGGAUCGAUCAGCCGCCCGUCUGCUCUCUCUGCUGUCCCUGCUCUCUCUGCUCUACCAUCAGCUGAUGCAGCACAAACACAGACAUGUGACAGGUAGAGCGGACUCGUCUUCUCUAAUGUGAGACUGAAGAACUUUUGGGUCUGACUGAGUCCAGGGCUGAAGGAAAUCCUGACGUGUGGACGUGAAACAGUCACAUGACAGGAAAUCCACAGACCUGAGUUCGUACCUGACCUCCUCCUGCUGGGUCUCCCCCCCUCCCCUCAUGUUCUCCUGUUCCAGGUGUGCUGCAGCCGUGGUUGGACUGGUCUCUGCUGUGUGUCCGCAGAGCUGCAGCCUGCUGUGUGUGUGUGCUGACUCACACCUGGCAGGUGUGUCUCAGGCUGACUGUAACGUCCUCUCAGGUGGACGCUCAGAGCGAGAGCAGACCCAGAGGUACUGGCUGUUAGAGAGCAUUUCUAACAGGUGUGGGGGGGCGUACCUGUGCACCUCUCCUCCUCACAGUCACUGCGGGUCAAACCUGAACUCUUCACUAACCUCCUCACUCUGUUCCUCCUCAAACGUCACAGAGAAGGUGAAAACUUUGUGUGCUCCGGUUCCUCUGCUCACCUGUUGUGGUUUUCCUCGCUGCACCCCCCCACUUUGGCUGUUGCCUUGACAACAUGCAAAUCCCUCCUCCUCCUCCUCCUCCUGCUCCUCCCUCGCUCAGAGCGUGAGCCCUGAUGUCUGUCUGUGUCUCUUCUUGCAGCUCGGUCGGGUCACUGUGGAGUCAUGAACCUGAGGGAGUCCACCAGAAACCUGAAGAAGGAUCACCCGACAGACGGAUCUCUGUGUGAGUAUCAGAAAAACAAACGAACACCGACGAUCAGAAACAUGGAGAAGAAGGAGGAACGAGGAGCUACUGAUGGAGGAAAAACUCUAACUCACUGUAUCAUGUUUCCUCCUCUUCUUUAACUCCUGUUUCCUCCUCUUCUUUAACUCUCCUUUCCUCCUCCUCUUUAACUCUCUUUCUCUUCUUUAACUCUCGUUUCCUCCUCCUCUUUUACUCUUGUUUCCUCCUCUUCUUUAACUCUUGUUUCCUCCUCCUCUUUAACUCUCUUUCUCUUCUUUAACUCUCGUUUCCUCCUCCUCUUUAACUCUCCUUUCCUCCUCCUCUUUAACUCUCUUUCUCUUCUUUAACUCUCUUUCUCUUCUUUAACUCUCGUUUCCUCCUCCUCUUUAACUCUCUUUCUCUUCUUUAACUCUCGUUUCCGCCUCCUCUUUUACUCUUGUUUCCUCCUCUUCUUUAACUCUUGUUUCCUCCUCUUCUUUCACUCUUGUUUCCUCCUUCUCUUUAACUCGUGUUUCUUUCUCUUCUUUAACUCUUGUUUCCUCUUUUUCUUUAACUCUCCUUUCCUCCUCUCCUUUAGCUCUCUUUCUCUUUAACUCUCCUUUCCUCCUCCUCUUUACCUCCUGUUUCCUCCUCUCCUUUAACUCUCUUUCUCUUCUUUAACUCCUGUUUCCCCCUCUAUUUUAACUCUCUUUCUCUUCUUUAACUCUUGUUUCCUCCUCUUCUUUAACUCUCGUUUCCUUCUCUUCUUUAACUCUCCUUUCCUCCUUCUCUUUAACUCUCUUCCUCUUAUUUAACUCUCCUUUCCUCCUCUUCUUUAACUCUCCUUUCCUCCUCUUCUUUCACUCUCGUUUCCUCCUUUUCUUUAACUCUCGUUUCCUCCUCCUCUUUUACUCUCGUUUCCUCCUCCUCUUUAACUCUCUUUCUCUUCUUUAACUCUCCUUUCCUCCUCUCCUUUAACUCUCUUUCUCUUUAACUCCUGUUUCCUCCUCUCCUUUAACUCUCUUUCUCUUCUUUAACUCUCCUUUUCUCCUCUUCUUUAACUCUCUUUCUCUUCUUUAACUCUCGUUUCCUCCUCUUCUUUAACUCUCGUUUCCUCCUCUUCUUUAACUCUCUUUCUCUUCUUUAACUCUUGUUUCCUCCUCUUCUUUAACUCUCCUUUCCUCCUCUUCUUUCACUCUCGUUUCCUCCUUUUCUUUAACUCUCGUUUCCUCCUCCUCUUUUACUCUCGUUUCCUCCUCCUCUUUAACUCUCUUUCUCUUCUUUAACUCUCCUUUCCUCCUCUCCUUUAACUCUCUUUCUCUUUAACUCCUGUUUCCUCCUCUCCUUUAACUCUCUUUCUCUUCUUUAACUUUCCUUUCCCUCUUCCUCUUUAACUCUCUUUCUCUUCUUUAACUCCUGUUUCCUCCUCUCCUUUAACUCUCUUUCUCUUCUUUAACUCUCCUUUUCUCCUCUUCUUUAACUCUCUUUCUCUUCUUUAACUCUCGUUUCCUCCUCUUCUUUAACUCUCCUUUCCUCCUCUCCUUUAACUCUUUCUCUUCUUUAACUCCUGUUUCCUCCUCUUCUUUAACUCUCGUUUCCUCCUCUUCUUUAACUCUCUUUCUCUUCUUUAACUCUUGUUUCCUUCUCUUCUUUAACUCUCCUUUCCUCCUCUCCUUUAACUCUCUUUCUCUUUAACUCCUGUUUCCUCCUCUUCUUCUUUUACUCUAACUCGUCUGUUAAACACACUCCUCCCGUCUCGCCGACACGAACAGGUGAUGACUGUAAGGAGAAGCAGCGCUCAGAUCCCGGUUCUUCCUCUUCUUCCUCACCCUGGUCUCGGUGGUCUUGGUGGUCUCGGUGGUCCUCGGGUGUGUCGGGGCUGAUGUGGAGCGCUGCUUCGUUCACAGGUUAAAGACUAAAGAUCUUCUUUUACUUCAGGGAUUUAAUAACAGACUUGUUUCUGAGGUGACGGCAGACCUUCAGCAGGUAGAGAGAAGAACUUAAAGG